CUAAAGAUCCUCGACGCCCUCUUCAACUCAUCCUAGGCAGUUCUGCCUUGCAAAUAUGCCUGGUCUCUGACGUUCUCUAGCCAUAUUCCUCUGCGAGCAAUCAUCUAUCUGUAAUGGCUAUCACCAAGUCCAGAGCUCCCGAAUAUCCAAGGCCAGUGCCGCCAGUCUCAGCCGAAGAAUAUCCCAUCUGCCCUGACACAAUCGUUUAUCACGAGGCCUCACAUGAGCUUGACAAUGGUGUGGAAGCAAGAGCUGCAAAGAGGAGGAGAAUUGAACGAUAUGCUAUCUCAUAUCUGAGAGGAGAGCCGCUUUUCAUUCUCACUGCCCAGCUGAGAGGCCCAUUUACCGGCGACUGGCAGAGCCCAUGGAGCACCCGCGGAAAUGCAGAUGUGGUCGUCGAUCCCCCCAAACCAGAGAUUCCUGAGACGAGCAAGAUUGUUCGACAACGACCCUCCUCGUUACCACAUACCCCACUGGAGAAUGUUCAAUUCAAGGACAAAGAAGAGGUUCACUCUAGUGAUCACAAGGUGGAGCGUUGGUUGAAGACCAACAAGGCCUAUGGACAAUUUAGUAAUGGUCAUUCUCAGUCAUCUCCCACGCCGCAAACUGGGCCGGUUCAGCGGCGUACAAAGAAAUGGGAGUCUCCAAUGAUUGACAUUGAGUUCCCACCGGUACCAGACGAGGUAGUCAACCUGGCCCAGUCGCUUCCACCACUACCCGCGGACCUCCCUGUCUUGGACCAAAUCCAUAAUGUGUUGGAAGAUGACCCCAAGGUUAUUCAGACUGCAGAGGCCCAACCAGAUCAAGAGCCCGUUCAGCGACCGCAGACACGGGCUAGCCUUAUGACAGAUGACGUCCGUCCUGAGUUUGCCAUACUUGCAUCCAAGCGCAGAUCUCUACAUACGAUACCUGCCUCAAGUCAUUUACCAGCCUUUGAAUUCCGUCGCGUGACAGCUAGAGAGCAGGAGAAUGGUGAAGCGCCGGCAGAUGCAGAUGCAGAUGCAGUCAACACACUUCCUGAGCCUACUGUUGAGGAUGUACCUGAAUAUACCAACAUUGUACCCACAGACACCACCAAGCCUGGAGAAGAAUUGGAGGAAAGGCAGAAUCCACCUUUGAUCAACACCGAACAGUCACUGUCAAAGGCAUCAUCUUGCAACGAGACGGAAGAUCAACUACCCUCCGCUCAAGUUAUUGCCCCACUACCACAACAAUCUACUAUAUCAAAUCUAUCGAGUCAUGGGGACAUGCUGUCGGAGUUGCACCUUUCCAAUGCACCUGUGGAUGAGGUCUUGGCUGGUGAAUAUCGUGGUGCAGAACCUGCGAAAGCUCCAGGAGACACGAGAGCAAGCAAUAUGACUCCCGCUCUGAAAGCUGACGAGCAUCCACGUACUGUCAUUGAUGCAGCGAAAGAGGUCCCGGUGAAAGACUCGGAUGUGACACCCAAGGCAGACAUUGCCAGACAGUUCAAUACGCAGCAGAUGGUCAACAGCAUCACCCCCUUUGCGAUGAGCACGGUCAAGAAGACCUCGUAUGGUGCAGGUUCAAAGUCUUCACCUGCAAAAGCGACAAAAUCUCGCACCAGUCGCAACAAGAAAAGAGCAUCGUUUGCCCUAGAAGAGACAGUAUCAGCGUCAUCGUCACACGCAUCGAUCAGGAUGACUAUGAAGGUCGCAAAGCCGGCUAAGAGCCUCAAUGCGAAUGAGAAGAUCCUUGAGGACAAUGUAGUACAAGAAAUAUCACAGGAGGGCGAAGUCGACAUAUCUUUCUCAGGCACCCGAGUCAUCAGGGAUAAAGGUGGGAAAGAGCCGUCGUCGCGGGGAAUCCUCAAGGCGUCAAUGUCGGGAUCGCUAAACGAUAUCAAGUCGUCCAAACAGACGGCAUCGUCUUCCGCAAAACAAGAUGCACAGAGAGUGAAUCAUUUCAACUUGGGGGAAGAUGAAAUGGAACUGAACGAUGAUGCCUUUGAUGUUGCUGCCGCGAUUGAUGAUUUGGGUAGUUUCCUUGGAACAUGGGAUGCGGAGAUGGAAGCGGCAGGUUUGCGUUAGACAUAGCAUGCGAAUGACAUCUGAUUUUUUGUUGAGCGUCUGGGAG